AUGCCGGUGUCUAAAAUUCCCGUAAGCACGGAUCUCAUCAUGCAGUCAGAGUCUCGGAGACAGGUCACCAUCCAUAUGAAGAAUGAACUAAGCUACCUAUCAUCCAUCUUCACAAAAUGGAUCAACGCGCAAAAGCUUUACGUGGAUUCCCUCAAUAUGUGGCUCUACAAGUGUGUUUUGCUUCUGCGGAAUACUUCUAAGAAGAGCAAAAGGACGAGACCUCCGCCAAUAAAAAACAUAGGUCCAGCGGUAUACAUGAUAUGCGAUACCUGGUUAGAGAUGUUCGACAAACUCCCUUUUAAAGAAGUUGUCUACUCUAUCAAGGAGUUGGAAGUCGAAGUCGCACUCUUUCUGCCUCAUCAAGAGAAGACGAAGAAGAAGGGCGCAAGUAGUACCAUUGUGGGAGACGAAGACGAGGAGACACCAACGCCUGCUCUGGAUCGUUUCAGGACGAGUUUGGCUGGAUUUGUUGGGAGAUUGAACGACUUUGCUGAGUCGUCCGAGGGGCUGUUCUCGGACCUCCAAAAGGAAAUCGAGGAAGCUAAGAAAAACUAUGAAGUGUUGAAGUCACAACAGGCAUAG